CAGAUGCUGAUACAACGUGCGACCGGGCGGAACCUGACUGCGUAGGAACCCGAGGCGGGACAACGGCGUCAGCAUCGACGGAACCUCCCUUGCCGUGCUGAGAUCGCCCAGAAUUAUGCCUUGUGCGCCUGGUGCGUGUCAGCAUGACGAACAAGGAGAACUACAAGAUUGCCGACGCUGAUGCCCUGUUCGACGCCGUCCAGCUGUACAUCGACUCGACGCCACCGUGCGACCAAAACCGGCUCUCACCGCGGCACGCGGUCUUACCCAGGGCUGCCCUCAGCACUGUGCAGGACUUCGUGGAAACCACGAUAGUGCUCAGGAAAGAGCGGAACGAGCUUGGAAUAAGUAUCACGGGAGGCAGUGAUACUUACUUGGAAGCCAUCUGCGUCAGUGAAGUACACAGGGACGGUGUCGCCUACCAGGACGGUCGACUCAAGAAAGGUGACGUCAUCCUUGCGGUGAACGAACUUUCCCUCCGAGACGUGUGUUCGACGGACGCCGUGCGGGCUCUGAGGGAAGCACCGUCACCGGUGAGGCUCAUGGUGCUCCGGGAGAACCCGCAGACGCUCUUCACAACCACCGAGAAGCCUUCAAAGUUUAUCACAGUGGAGAUGCGAAAAGCAAGCGUCAAGGACCGCCUGGGAAUUAGCUUCAUACAAAGAACAAAUGGACGGGGGGUCUUCAUCACGUACAUCCAACCCGGAAGCAUCGCUGCACGGCACGGCCGCCGCGUCAUGCAGGGAGACCAGAUACUCGAAAUCAACGGCCAGAACGUGCGCGAGAGCAACCAGAAGGACGUCGCACAGAUGAUACACAACCUGGACGGCGCCAUCGUGCUGCUGUUGGGUCGGGUGCCGAGCCUCUCGACGGCCAUCCAGGAGUGGGCCCGCAAGAAGGCGCAACAGAGCCUUCGCACGCGAACCUCAACCUGGUCCUCUUACACGGGAAACAACAAGGAGAAGCUGCAGAUACAGAGGCCCAGCCUUCCUCUGAGCAGCGAGAGCUACGUGGUGAGCCUGGGCAACUGCGUCACCUCCAUGCUGGUGGCCACCAGCUCCCCGAGUGGACCGGCCUCUCGAUCGAGGGAAGUGAGCCCCAGCUCGUCGCUGCGACGCUCCAGGCUCAGCAUCGUCGCCGAAGACGUUCGACCUUCGAGCGGCGUCACGCGGACUACUUCGCUGGACGACGCCGCGACGCCCAGUGCUUCCGGUGUGCCCAGCAUCAUGGUCACAAGCUGCUGAGAGACGGUGCAAAUAGCACUGCGGCCACGGUCGAAUCUUCAAGAUUUUCCCCUCUCGAGCCAGCGAACGCGUCAGUCUCUUCCCCGAGGAUUUGGCCAUUCGAGGCCCUUGGGGUUCCUUUCAGACCAAGAACAUCCGCUUCCGGAUACCUGCUUGGCAUACACAGCGUUUCUGGUGAUUCUAGUGUGGAGGACAAGCUGCCCUUUCACAUCCGUUGCAAGCUACAUUUUUAAUUAAAUCGUUCGGAUCGUGAGGGGCUCGCCAAUCUUACGACGACAAUUUCCGGCUUCUGGAUAAUCAACAGAGCCCGUGAACCGCUGGACAGCGUUGGGGCUCUAAGAAGGCAGGCCCCUUAGAGAAGAGAUCUUGGACCCUCGUGCGUCUGCGAUGUGCAAAGGUGCAAGAACGUUGCUGCGCUUCGUGAGAUGCACCAGUCAAUGUGACCGCUUGUUACGAACUGGACGAUUGACUUUUCUUGUUAUGCCGGUGUGCGUGUCCGUGCAAGGUGUCACCUCCUUUCCUCUUCCCGGGCAGGGUAUCCCACUGGACUCCGCCAGGUUAACCUCACUGCCUUUCUCCUUUAAGUUUUCUAUCUCCUCUCUCUUCCUCUCUCCCUCCUUCCCUGUCUUCUGUUCCCUCUCUCUCUCUCUCUCUCUCUCUCUGGUGACAUGUUCAGACCUGUUUCUGGAGUAAUCUGAACUCACAGAGCACGAGGCCGCGUAUCCGAUUCGAUAGUGAGACACUGAAAAUGGUGACCCCUCGUGACCUUUCUGUGUGAAUAUCGUGUAUACAAUGGCGUACAGCGUACACCGCGCUGAGAGCAAUGCCGAUUGUAAAUGCAUGGCAGGUGCACCACCAUGUCCGCUUGCGAACGCACGUGCGACACUAGGCACCGCCCGCCUCUUCUGUUCCAACUUUCAACAUUGGAUAGGAGAUGCACGCUAACGUACAACGCAGUCAGCGUUUGUGUUACUGAUGGCUACACUUUGUUGCAACUACAGGCUUCGAAUCAAGCUAUGCUAUUGUUCUAAAUGCGUAACAGCGCACGCCAUUGUAACUUCCAGUGCGUUAGGUGGUUCGUUUGCAGCAUUGAAAAGCUAAUGCAGAGACUGGUGCACCCUUGUCUUUUGUACCAUCAUGUCAUUCCUUACGAGAAAGCAAAAUACUUGUCGGGAUGGUACGCAGGCCUCUGGGAAACCUAUGCGCAUCACUAUGGUCGGGUACAGCUUUAGAAGGCGGUGGCAUUUCCACCACUGGCGGAUGCACAUAAGCCUGCACCAAUGGGCGCUCACUGAAGAGUGACGUCAUGAGACGGACAGCCAGUGAUACUGAGAGCGUGGCAGAGGACAUGAACGAAACUAUUUCUUUAGUUGCAUAGAAAAUCGGCCGCCGCGCUUCGGUCAUCUGUGCGGAGCCUCUCCUAACUUCUGAAGUUGUACCCCGCUAUAGAAAUGGAUUUUCGUGUUCCAUGAGUUAGCCACGCGAGACGCUCACAUCAACAGUGUAAAAUGUAACCGUCACUUAAAUCGCUGCGAUCGCGAUCGCGCUACCCUGAACCGCAUACGAGUCGGUCUCUUCGAAUGCACAAUGCGCGAUAAAAAAAGUAUAUAGUGCGCAUGAGAACGGAUCAUUUGUCACUAUACUAACCAUAAAUCUGUUUUUUUUUUUUGCGUGUUUGUUUUUUUUCUUUUUUAACGUCGUCAGGGUGUGUGAGAUACGAUUAUUCAAUUUGUCGAAUUAUUAAGAUAGACACAUAGAGUAAUCUCGAUCUCAAGCCAAAUUCGCAAUGUCAGAGGGCUUUAUACGCUAUUCAAAUUUUAAAUAUGCGAACUUCUCUGAAGUGACAUUGAGGCCCUGAGACUUUUUUACAACUUAUAAGGCACUAAACAAAGUAAAAUAUGAAUCCCUGAGGCGCACCUAGAAAUUAUGACGUGGUACUCCACAAAAGUUUUUCGAGUGGGCCGAAUGGCUCCUCGAGUGGUACGGGCGCGUUUUAAGUGAUGUGCUCCAUUGAUGUGCUUGUUUGUUAAUGCACGAAACGUUAUUCGCUUGUGGUUGUCACACUUGUACAAUGAAAAUGUCUGUACAUACAGUUACAGUUAUUGCCAUAGGCAGCUAUGUUCAACAAGAGAGUUGAUAACAUACAGGAGUUAAGAACACGAAGUCUUCAGUUAAUUCAUUUCGAUUUGUCGCUAAGCUGCGUGAAAAAGUAAAGCUAUCUUAAUAUUCUUUUUGAAUCAGGCUGUACAGCGAGACAUAUUCAGCCGAUAUCUUUUACAGCACUUUGUACUGUGUUUUAUGGUAAAGAAAAGACACAGGAGAUGGAUCAGGAUCACAUACAGUAGAAAUUAUUCAACCAUUUCCCGAUGCCCGCUUUGGUUUUCGGUACGCAUAAUUUAAAACAAGCAACAGAGGCACAAUCGCGUUCUAAAGGUAAGAACAUAACGCGACUCAAACACUGUACUCAAAUGACGCAAACAGUAUCUAUAGUACGCAGUUGUAUGCAGUAGUAUCCGUUGCUGUUGCAAGUGGUAACGCGCAACUCAUAACGCCAUCUUCAAAAUAUUAUAAUAUAUAAUGGAGAUAUGAAGGUCGGGCUUGGUAGCAAUUUUAUAUAUCCUCAACUUCGUGACAGACAAUCGCGUAGCGAAUGCGUCGUCCUGCGUUGCUUCGAAACGACUGAAUGCGUGAAAAAGCUAUGAAAGGGCAAACUACUAAAGGAAUAUUGUACGCGAAAACGGACGAUCCCCUUCAAUUGCUAUUUCUUCGACGUCCACCCUAAAAAUGCAGUCUGUUCGCCAGCAGCGUUUGCAAGUUUCGUCGUAAAGCGUCACAUAGCAAGCCAUCUACCGUUCUUGUGAACUCGGCAGGAAAAAAAAAAAGAAAAGAGCUAUCCUGUAAAACUAAUUUUAUGCAACAGAACCAUGGUAUCGUUUUUUUUUCUUUUUAGUCAAAAACGAUAUCCUGCUUUGAAAUAACCCAAGCAGGUCUCCCUUCAAGCACUUUCUUUCAAAGAAAUGCCUUGAAAGCGUGCUUCGCCACAAAUAUAGUCGUUCUGUGGAGAAGCCUACUUCAUCCCUUCGCAUGCUGCUUUUAAUUUUCCCAGAUACGGCUGCGUCACUCGCUAAAACACAGUUUACUUUCUUUCUCAAGCGCUUUUGUUUCGACAGAGAGCCUUCACCUCUUCGUAUUGUUAUCAUAUUGUAUGCUAUUAUAUUAUAUGCGACGAUAUAUGCGAUAUUAUAUGCGAUAUUAUAUGCGUUAUGAUAUGACGUUCAGCGGCUACGGCCCUCUCCGGGACACAGCCGCUAAGCUUCAAAGGCGUUAACAUUUAGAAGAGCUGGCCCGAUUGUAUAGGGCCAGUAUGGUAUACGCAAAUACUGACUUUAGUUAAAACUUUUUUGUUGUUGUUGUUGUUGUUACAUACGAUUUAGAUUGCAGGGACAUAUUUGAUCGUCGCUAGUCUCGCUACUACCUUCCGGUAAAAAAAGGAGUUUGAGAAGCAAAAAGUGGUUUGCAAAAAAUGAACAGCCCCGAUUCGUGGAAAGGCUUGAAACCCUAGCGUACAUUUUAAGGCGUAGAACUCUGGAGCACAUAAGCUGCACUGGUGAGAGCAUUACACGUGUUUCCGUGCAGAACGACCUGUCAAUUCCCGAAUCAAUGACAUAGCACGAGGCGUCUAGACAGACACCGAGUGAACGUGAAUUGCGAAAGAAAAAGGCUUGUUAAGCGGCCCUGUUAAUUGACCAAGUGACCUCGCUACCCAAUAGAGCACAAGUUGGUACAAACCGAAGUAAUUAGUUAAAACGUCGCACGUUUCUCGAUACAUGUUUCUACACGAACGUAGCACUACCGAAUUAGACAAAUUCCGUAGACGAACUCGCAUACGAAACUGAGUUCGCUCAAUAGGCACUUGUACACAGUUUGAAUGCCUCGUAACAGUGAGCGUUUAUUUGGAGUCCUUUAAACGAAGACAAAAA